UUUAAAAGUUGUGUAAGGUGGAUCUGUGCCAAAUCAUUUAAUAACGGCGUUGACUUCAUUCACAUAACAACAGCGAGGUCAGCUCAUUUCCAUCUCUACACGCUGACAGAGCUUCAGGUUGCAGAGAUGUGGGGUUCUGGUCUAUUGCUCCUCCUGUUGGUCGGAGUCUGGCAUCAGUCUCACACCCAGAGCUCUGAGCCCAUGCUCCAGGCUGUGACACAGACUAUGCUUCCUCCUGACAAUCUACACAAUCCGACACAGCUCAACUAUGGGAUGGCCGUAACAGACGUGGAUGGUGAUGGCGACCUGGAAGUGGUGGUAGCAGGGUACAACGGGCCCAACCUAGUGCUGAAGUACGAUCGCACUCAAAACAGGCUGGUGAACAUUGCUAUUGAUGACAGUAACUCACCAUACUACGCCCUGAGGGACAGAGCAGGUAACGCUAUUGGCGUUACUGCGUGCGAUGUGGAUGGAGACGGACGUGAGGAGAUCUACUUCCUCAACACAAACAAUGCCUACUCUGGACGGGCAACUUACUCAGACAAGCUCUUCAAGUUUCGAAAUGGCCGCUUUGAGGAUCUUCUGAGUGACGAACUCAAUGUGCGUCGUGGCGUCGCUAACCGCAUGGCAGGACGUUCUGUGGCCUGUGUCGACAGAAAAGGAACAGGCCGUUAUUCAGUCUACGUGGCCAACUAUGCCAGCGGCAACAUCGGCCCCCACGCUCUCCUAGAAAUGGAUGAGGCUGCCAGCGAUGUGAGCAAGGGCAUCAUCGCUCUGUCUAACGUGGCUGCUGAAGCCGGAGUCAACAAGUUCACAGGUGGUCGCGGUGUGGUGGUUGGACCGAUCCUGAGCCAGGCCAGGUCUGAUGUUUUCUGUGACAAUGAGAACGGACCCAACUUCUUGUUUAAGAAUAAUGGAGAUGGGACUUUUGUUGAUAUGGCCAGACAGGCAGGUGUGGAGGACCGGUACCAGCAUGGCAGAGGAAUAGCACUAGCUGACUUCAAUGGCGAUGGAAAGACAGACAUUGUCUAUGGCAACUGGAACGGUCCACACAGACUUUUCCUGCAGGGCAGCGACUCUAAAUUUCGGAACAUAGCUUCUGGAGGAUUUGCCACCCCCUCUCCUAUCCGCACUGUCAUUGCUGCUGACUUUGAUAAUGACAGGGAGCUGGAGGUGUUUUUCAACAACAUUGCCUACAGAGGAAAUGCCCCUAACCGGCUGUUUAGGGUGUCAAGGAGAACUGAUGCAGACCCACUGAUCCAGGAGCUUAAUGUGGGAGAUGCUGCAGAGCCACAGGGGAGAGGAACAGGUGGCACUGUGACAGACUUGGAUGGGGACGGACAGCUGGACCUGCUGCUGGCACAUGGAGAGAGCGCCCAGCAGCCAAUCUCUGUCUUCAAGGUCACACAGGGCUCAUCCAAUAACUGGCUGCGGGUUAUCCCUCGCACCCAGUUUGGUGCUUUUGCCCGGGGUGCCAAGGUAACAGCCUUCACCAAUCAGAGUGGAGCUCACACACGCAUCAUUGACGGAGGCUCCGGGUACCUGUGUGAGAUGGAGCCUGUCGCUCACUUUGGUUUUGGAAAUGACGAGGUGAAGGUGCUGGAGGUCUCCUGGCCAGAUGGCAGCGUCUUCACUCGAACCCUUCAGCCUGGUGAAAUGAACUCAGUGGUGGAAGUGGCCUAUCCCAGAGAAGGGGAAACAUCUGUGCUUGCCAAUGACACACAGUGUGGCAAAGGCUUUACUGUCAAGAAUGGCCGCUGUGCAGGUCUUUGAAGAUAAUCACAUGAAAUACAAUAAAAAUUGCUUUGGAAAACACAAAAAUAACAUGAUAUUAUCACAAUACUUUUCUUUUUGCCUGUGCUUUAAGACAGGAGCCUUGUUUUCUUUACUCUAUGAGUAGUUUAAAAAAUGUUGGUUUUUCUUAAUUUUCUCUAUCUUUUACUGCUUCUUCCUGGUUAUGGUUGCUGUUUUUUUGUGUUCCAUGGAAAA